AUGGCCGCCACUGCCUGUUAUAGAUGGGGGAAUCUGGUGUUCUCCCUCCUUUACUAUGAUGGCCGCGGCGGGAGGACGGACGGACCGGGUUCCGGCGGCGGAUCGGCAGGGGGGACGGACUGCUUCCGGCGGGAGGGAGCAGAGCGGAGUGGCAUGGAGCGGAGGAAGGAGCCCGAGGGGUCGGGACCAGCCCGGCCGGACGGCGCCACCUUGGCUUAUUGUCGCCAGCUCGGACAGGCCCUGGAGCGCGGCUUCGAGAGCGACGAGGAGAAGGGGCUGUUCCUGACCAACGUUUUGGAGGAGAUUGGGGGCAAGGAGCUGCUGCUGUGCACGGAUCCCAGUGCCAGUGUUUUCCUGGAGCGUUUGCUGGAGCAGUGCGACUUGCCGGCGCUGUGCCGCCUGCUAUCGGCGCUGGUCCCGCUGGAGGGGGCGUUGGCGGUGGACCGGUGCGGCUCGCAUGUGCUGCAGUCGGCGCUGCGGAGGGCGGCGGCGCUGUGGGGCGAGGCAGCGGGGGCAGACGGGGAGGCGGACGGGGAGCUGGCCGGGCUGGUGCUGCAGCUGAGCGCUGCCGCCCGCCACGACUUCCUGCCCCGCGCCCGCGACGUGUACGGCAGCUUCCUCCUGCGCUUCCUCCUCCACGUCUUGGCAGGGAGCCUCCCCGCCACCGGGAACAACCGGGAAAACCCUCGGAAGAGGCAGCCCCAGGGGCCAGACCACCGUGCGGGGCAGGCCACAGAGUUCGACGCUCCAGAGGAAUUCCUGCAGGAACUGCAACACUUCACCAAACUGCUGAAGGAGAACCUAACAGUAUUCCUGGUGGACUCCGUGGCCAGUCCGGUGUUCCAAGUGGCCGUCCAGGUUUUGUCCCGGAAGCUUCCGGCAAGUGGCGAGGAGCUGUGCUCGGCCGUGUUGAAGUAUCGGGGUGCAUCGGGACAAGCGGAGAAACAAAGUUCGUUGCAGGUUUACCUGAAGGACCGUACGGGCAUUCGGCUGCUGGAGGGGGUGAUCGGGCGAUGGGGGCGAUGGACGGCCGUCUGUAUCGUCGCUUCUACCCGGCGGCAGCUGCGCGGGCGGCAGCUGGCGCGCGGGGCGUCUGGGGAGCUGGCGCUGCACCCCGUGUCCAACACCCCCCUGCAGCUAACACUGGGGGCAGCGCCCACUCCCCCAGCUGGUCAGCUGGAGGAGGUGCUGACCCGAGGGCACCCUGGGGUGCUGGUGCAGCUGGCAGCUGGGUGUGCCCGGCACCAGGGGGGGCACAAGGAGCUACGGAGAGCCCUGUACCAGGCCCUCCACUGUGAUCGCCCGAAGGUCUCGCCCGGCGUUGCCUGUCUCCCCCUGCUGGCCUCGCUGCAGACCUACGAGUCGUUCUACGGUGAAGCCGCUUCAGAGCCUGGGUGGGAGCCCGCAGGACCGGGCGCUGGGGGGCCCGCGGCGACCCCUGACCUGCUGACCCUGGCGUGUGACCCCGCCGGCAGUCACGUGUACGACGCCCUCUUCACCAGCGGCACCGUCAGCAACACGCAACCACGCCUGACACGCAGGCUGGCGGGUCACCUUUUCCCUCUGGCGUGCAAUAAGAAUGGAAGCAGAGUUUUGGACCAGAUUUGGACGGCCUCGUCGAUCGAAAUGAGACGGGAGAUCGCCCAGGAGCUCGCUGAUAAGGAGAGUGAUCUGCAGCGUGACCCUGUGGGUCACCACGUUGCCCGGAAUUUCGCCCUCUCCCACUUCCGGAAGCGGCCGGUGGAUUGGGAGAAGCUGCAAGCUUCCGACGGGAAGAGGCGGAGGAUGUUUGCCGAGCUGCUGGAGAGCUGACAGGAUCGGGAUAAUCCGAUCGGGUGAUGGUCUGUCUGUCCUCACGUGUGCCUGGUUACAGCACAAUCAUAGUGACGGGAACAGAAUGGGGCCAUUCGGCCCAUCGAGUCUACUGUGCCAAUCUAUCUCUCCCUCCCAACCCCAUCCUCCUGCCUUCUCCCCGUAACCCCUGACCCCUGCACGGGUCAACACUCUAUCUCCGCCUUAAAAAUUAUCCACUGACUUAUGGCCUCCACAACUGUCUGUGGCAACGAGUUCCACAGAUUCACCACCCUCAGGCUGAAGAAAUUCCUCCUCGUCUCCUUCCUAAAGGAACGUCCUUUAAUUCUGAGGCUGUGCCCUCUAGUCCUGGCCUCUCCCACUAGUGGAGACGUCCUCUCCGCAUCCACUCUGUCCAGGAUUCGGUUUUCUGCGUUCGAUCGAUCCGGUGAAACGUCACCGCGCUGAAUGCCAACAGUCGCCAAGAUUCUGGAGCCGACAUGGUGAUGAGAAGUUCAGCGAAGUGUCGUGCCUUCUGCUUGCAGCGUCGGACCAGGCUCCCCCCCCAACCCCCCCACCCUCAUCGACCGCCCCCUCCCAGUCUCAUCACCGUUUCUACCUGGAUGGAACAGUUUGACAGCCUGGGCUGUUAGCGAGACGCCCGCAGCCGACAGGCGGGAACUGUUUAAUAAUAUGUUUUAAAAACAAAAAUAAACUGUUUUGUACACUUCACACGCGGUGUGAUUCUCUCCCCUCCCCCUGUGUGCGUGUGUGUUUGUGUGUGGUUGCUCACAUGUUCGUGCACACACGCGUGUGCGCGCCAGAAAUAAGACACUUGGUGAAACUAUUCUUUGAUUUUAAUUUAAGAAGGAACUGCAGAUGCUGGAAAAUCGAAGGUGGACAAAAAUGCUGGAGGAACUCAGCGGGUGCAGCA